GCAUCGGAGGAUCCGUCGUCUACAGUGGGGGACACCUAAAACUGACAAGGGCGGAAAACAGCCAACCGUGCAAAAAAAAAGAAGGAAAAAACACGACGGAAACUAAACAAAGCUGCAGUUUGGGUGUAGACGAGCCGAGAGCCGGUGGAGCAGCAGAACCGAAGCGUCAGACAAUGGACAUACCGGAGCAGGCCAGCGGAAAUAGUUUUUGUUAGCGAGUGAAAAGCAGAUGGAGAGCCAGCAGAGCCAGCAGGCCUCUCACAGUGUUUUUCCACGGAUGAAGAAAAAGGCCCGCUGACAGGCAGGAGGGACCCAGGUCUGACGGCACACUCCCCGCUCCAUGUUUUACCACCUUUCUCCCCGUGUUUCUGAGCUUUGCUGCACCCACACAUCGGAUGCUACAAGGCCAUCCACAAGGCGACAACGGGUGUUGGCAGUGGCGAAGGCGAGCACUUUCCCCUCUCUCAUCCGUGGUCCAGUGGGAAGCUCCAGUCCUGCGGAUCAUCCGACUAUCCAGGAGCUCCAUGCAGGGACAGAAGGGCUGUGAAGCAAUGGUUCAUCCUCUACUAAAUUAAUGGACACACUCCACUUCAUGGGACUGCUGCCCUGAUUUUAAAACUCCACAUAUGGUUAUGGAACACUUUAAAGAAACACUACAGACUCAUUUUUUAGUAUAGUUUAGAUUAUUGCCUAUUUAUGAUCCUUUUUUAUAAAAUCCCCUCAGAAGCACUUGAAAGCUUCACCCUUGAAUGGGGAGUAAAAGUAUUAGUGAAACAUUUAUAUGAUUAAAUGCAAGCAUCGGCUUUUGGUGGAUUAUAGCGGCUUGUUGGAAGUUUCCGGGUAGAAAUCCUGGCAGGACUACCUCCGCUCACCUUGUUCGUGUGACCAGGGCUCACCGCUGUUUUCCAGCCUCAACAGACUUAGUGCACGUGGCAGUUGUGGCUUCGUGACACUUUGCCUAAGCUGCAUUGGGAGAUGUUCCAGUUCAGCAAGUACCCCAUGGACAUUCUAGAGAUGCUAAGUGGCCACCAAGCCCACCAGUUCAAAGGCCUUGGAUUAGAGCGGCAGCUGAGCCACCAACAGCAGGUUCAGCUGCAGCAUCAGCAGCAGCUCCAGCAGCAGCACCAGCCCUCUGCCGACACCUCUGGGAGCCUCCUGUCCGGCCUCGGACUUGGAUCUCUCCAGAGUUCUCGGAGUAAUGCCUUCGCCGACUCCUCAUCGUUGUUCGCCAAAAUGAGUGCCCCACCACCUUCCAUAUCCCAUCAGAGCCAGUCUUCGUCUUCAUCUUCUUCAUCUCACAGCUCUAGAAAGUCAAGCAAAAUGAGCAGCAGCAGUGGGAGCGGGAGCUCCUCAUCGGGAUACCCUCAGUUUCUACGGCCUUUUCACCCGGCUGAGGCUGCGCUGGCUCAGGAGCAGCUCCACUCUGGGAUGGGACGUUUUGACUUUGGUGGUAGUAGCAGUGGAGGAAGCGCAGGGGUCAUCGGAGGGGUUGUGACACCUGCGCCACCACCUCCUCCCCUGCAUCCUGGUCUGUCAGUCCCCCAGCCUUCCCCUGGCCCCCCUGUCUCUUCACCAUCUCCUUCCACCUCUGUUUCAGCCUCGAACAACCCCUCCGGCAGCACAGCAGUCCCUUUAGUUGGCCAGUCCGACCCCCGCAGCCUUCACCAGCAGUUCAGCUGCAUGCUGGCCGCUAACCAGUACUUCCUGUCCGGUGUUCCCACCAACAGCAGCCUUGAGCAGUUCCUAGUCCAGCAAGGCACUCACAAUCACCUAGGCUUGGGUCUCGGCCAGGGGGCAACUGACUCAAACUCAGCCUUGGCCCCUCCCCCUGCCCUGCACUCCUCCCACAGCCACACAGCACCACAGCCUCAGCAGCAGCAACAACAGCUGACUCCUCAUGCCUUAUCUCAUCCACACAGCCACACUCACCACCCGCACCCCCUCCACCCGGCCCCACAACCAGCCCCACUGGGUGGCUUUGAUUUCCAAGGCAUUCCAGUGCUAUCCUCUAACCAGAUAGCAUCACUAAUGCAGCAAGAGGCCGGCCUGCCCCUCCCCCUCCCCCUGCACCUGUCCCUUUCUAAAGACGAGACGGCAAAGGCAGGAGACAGCUCGUCUACGUUGCCUACAAGUGGUGGGAGCAGGAGGAAGAAAGCUAUGGCAGGCUACCUUCCUCAGAGGAAAGCAGACAGUAGCAGCCACAGUCACAGCAGUCACAGUAGUCACAGCCACAGCAGCAGCGUUAGUAACUGCCAUAACAGCAGCUCGAGUGGGCACAGUCAGAGCUCAUCAUCAGGACUUGUAGGAGGGGGAUCUGGGGGGAUAAGUGGCAUCGCAAGUGAGCCCCAACAUUCCUCUCUCCUGUCGUCAUCUUCCCAGCAGUCAUCCUCCACUGUCUCUUCCUCCUCGUCUGCCCCUUCCUCUAACUCCACAUCCGUUCUUGUAGCUAAUGGUAACCAACAUAAACAAGAAAGCCACAGUAAUAGUUCAUCAGGCCAGCCUGAACCAGAGCCCCUCUACCACUGUGGUGAGUGUGGUAAAACUUUCACCCACCUCUCAAGCCUCAGAAGGCAUCUACGCAGCCACGGCCUGACACCAGAAAGCCAAAGCAGGAAAUCAGACUGUAACUCCCCAAGCCCAGAGAGGAUAUUCUGCUGUGGGGAGUGUGGUAAGAGAUUCAAAAAGAGGGGUCACCUCAUCCAACACAGUGUCACCCACUCAGAAAACCGACCUUUUGUCUGCAAUAUUUGCCAAAAGUCUUUCAACCGUCGAGAGUCCCUUACCAGACACGAGAAGAUUCACGACGAAAAGCCUUUCCGCUGUCCUGCUUGUGGACGUUGCUUCCGCGAGAGCACCUCCUUACUCAACCAUGCUGCUUCUGGUGCCUGUGGGAAGCCCCCAAGGAGCGCAAAAAACAGGCCAAACACUGGGGGGAGUGACUCGAACAACCCAACCAGUAGUAAAAUGAGAGGCGCUGGAGAGUCGGUGGGUAUUUCAAACGAUAGCACAGCAUUGACAAAUGACAACAAAUAUGCAACUGAUUAUUCCAGAAACCGCUACCAGAACCAGCCGCCCUACAGCACCGGUGUUGAUGACUACAGACGAACACAGCCAUCGUCUUUGUACUCCUCAGAAAAUACGCUAGCCAAUGAAAUGACCAACCAGACUCUUCGUAAGGCCCCUUUAGCUCCCACUCUUCAUCCCCACCCACAGAACCAGCAACAGCACCACCACCAACAACCACAGCCGCAGCCGCAACCACAGCAACAACCACACCCACAACCACAGCCUCACCUACCCCUGUCUUCCCUUCUGGAUGAUUCAGAAGAUGAAGUUACAAGCAGCGCAAUGUCAGCCAUUGCUGCUGCAGCUGCCGCCUCUUGUGAUAUUAACACAGAAAGUCGGGACGGAGAGAGGAGGGAUAUCAUUGGUGGCCUGCUGGGGGGUUUGGGGUUUGGUAAUUUAGGUGGACCAUCAUCCACAUCCACCCUCAAUGGUUCCACCAUGCCUUUGACCCAUCCCAGUCAGCCACACAUUAAACCUAGAAAACCAAGAAAGCCUAGAGAAAAAAGGGAUCCCAACACUACCGUGAGGCGGAGAAGGAGUCCCGCACCACCAGGGGAUGGAACAGAGAGGCCGUACGGCUGCCAGAUUUGUGGCAAACGAUUCAGAAGAGCUGAAACCUUACGGCGUCAUAACCGUGUCCACACCGGGGAGAAACCUCAUGCCUGUGAAGUCUGUGGUAAAAUGUUCCGUGAACCUUUCCACCUCACCAAACAUCUAACUGUGCACUCUGGUCAGAAGAACUACAAGUGCAACCUGUGUGGGAAGCUUUUUGCCUAUGCUCAGAGCUUGGUGAGACACGGGAAGCUGCACAGAAGAGGGGAACUGGACAACCAAGGGAGGCGGAUUAAAGGUGCUGCUGCUGCCGCUGCUACUAUCAAUCAAGUCCCCAAUUCAGGAAACUCUGAUUACUUCUCCUCCUGCUCUCAAGGAGAUAAAUCUCCCACACAUGGCACCCCCUCUCAGAGGCUUUACACCUGCACAGUGUGCUGGAAGUCAUUCCGUCACUACUUCCACCUGACGGCACACCAACAGACAGUCCAUGGUGGCGGAGUAGGGCUGGAGAAAUCCUUUCGUUGUGAAGUAUGUGGUAAAGCUUUUGCCUACUCCAACAGCUUAGUGCGCCACAAACUUUCCCAGCAUGGCAUUGAUAGCAGCGGCCAGCGAGUCAACCAGACCCAAACUUCUGGAUACUCGCCACUCUUCUACGACUCUGGAUCAGGUUCAAACUACACAAGUGCGACUCACAUGCAGCAAGGAGUGUCAGGACAGCAACAGCAACCACAACAACAACAACAGAUGCAGCACCCUUUUCACUACCGCCCAAAAAACUUCCAGAAGUGUCAGGGACAGACGAGAAAGCACAGAAAGAAAAAAAGGCGAGUGGUAAUCCACAGCAUAAUGAGAGAUGGGAAGCUGGUGGGUGUCCCUCUGAGUAAAGACACCCGAAGGAAGCUAAUGAUUCUACGGAAAAAGAGGGGCAAACUGCAGGCACAGCUCAACAGAAAAAAGCUCAUGGCUCAGCUGAGGAUAAAGGGUGGGGGGAUGACUGUGAGAUCAUGGACUGGCGGUGCUGUCAGAGUCACCGGGCUCACUUCAAUGGAUGUCCCAAUCAAGCGCUUCCCCUGCCCUAUUUGCCCCAGCGCCACCUAUGCCAAGCAGGGUUUUCUGCUGAUCCACUACGCUGUCAGGCACCCACCGAGAAACUCUGGGCGCUCUGCCCGUCUGAGGUGCCAGGUGUGCGGGAGGCGCACCAGCUCACUACACAAAGCCUUGAAACACAGGGGCCAGCAUCUAAAACAAGCUGCAUUCCAGUGCCACAGAUGCCGACACCGUUUCUGGAACCCGAGACUGCUGGCCCGGCACAAAUUCUCCUGCCGGGAGUUAACCUCUGGCAGCGGGAGCGGAAACUGGGGACUGCUUAAGAUAAAAUCUUCGCCGACUCAGUAUGAUAUUGACCAUUCAUCAAUUCAGCUAACAGUCCCGUCUCUGAUCCAGCCUGAGAGAUCAACAGUCCUGACUGAGUACAGUCAGUAAAAUAAACAGUUUUCUAGAAUAGAUUGUUUUUAUUUUUAUUUUUUUUAAUAAUCCAAGAAGCAAGCAAGAGCUAGCAAGUUUUUAACAGAACAAGACGGGAGAAUGGGGAGGGUUUAGUGUAACUACCGUAAUAUCCCCACACUGCUCCCGGGUAAAUCUGUGAACAGUCCUAACGUACUGCAGCAGAGGUGGUCGAUAAAUUAGUGUGGACUUUAAAAAGCCUAAAACCAGAACCACCCUCAUUAUCGAUUCUUUCCUUUCCCUAAGGUGAAGGAAAUUUCGACCACCACAAUUUUAGUAGCACCUGUUUAAAACAAACAAACAAAAAAACAAUCCGGUGUCCUUUCCAUACUAUUUUUUUAUUUUAAACUUCAGAUUAGCAGUGUUUGCGCAUACAUAUGGAUUUAAUGCCUAAAGUAGAAGUGGGGUACCUUUUAGUACCAGUUUAUUUUUUCAAAUUGCUCUCACAUUAUCCACUGUUGAACCGUUUAGUCCGUGUCUCUUGCUCUGUACGUGUUUAUUUGUUAUCCCAGUGGAGAAUUUCUCACUUUUUAUAUCAAGAUCUGCCCCCAAACUAAAUUAAAUCAUGACCUGACUGUAAAAAACAAGCUAAUCUGACUUUAUCUGUCAAUAAAGGCAAUACUAGUGACGUAAAAGGAUGGAAGGAGUAGAGACUAAACAGAAAAGUGUUGUUGACAUUGUUUUUAAUGUACACUACUUUUGUCGUUUUUUAAAGAGACGUGAACGGAGAGAGAAAGCACGACUCAUACUGUUAAUGUGUUCAGGAUUUUAAAAGGAGAACAGAAAUAACCGAGUGUACUGUACAAUUCGUAUUAUAUUUUAUUAUAUAUUGAUUAUUUGCUGUUUUUUACUCCAAGUAUCAUUUCUUUUAUUAUUGUUGGUAUUGUACGGGUGGGAGGGAAUGAGUUUGGGACUAUCUUUGUAAAACAGUGGGACGAGUAUAUGUAUCAAUGUGAUAUCUUUCCCCCUCCCUGUACCCCUUUUUACCCACUCCCUCAUCGCCACAGUUAUGCCCAAUUUUUGUAACAAAAGCGUGUACACAUAGUUCAUUACUUAGGUCCUGUCCAGAUGUGUUUUUCUUUUUUUCUGUAAACUAAAACAUGUAAUAUUAUUACUAAAUUACUAUCCUUUCUUUGCCUAAAAGUGAGUUGUUGAAAA